AUGCCUGAUCCUUAUUCAACGUCUUCAAAGACGUUAAAUGGGUCGUCUGUUAUCAUUGAAUUUGAAAGAAGGCCUAGUCCUCCUUGCAGCGGUGAUGGCAAACAACAACAGCGAUUUCCUCAAAAUGCAUUAUUACAUGCGCAUUUAGCCUUGCUAAUGAAAUUUAAAGAACUGGAGUUUGAUAAAGAGAUGGAUGACCGUUAUUUAUUACGAGCUGAACAGUGA